UUGCCGGCUUAAAGGCUGAUGUGGGUUCAGGUUUCCGUGGCUUUAGGGCGGGAGGCGUUAAACGGGAGAGGGGAUCCCGAGUUAUACAGUAGUUGUUCUCAAAGGCAUGGAGCCCUUCUUGGUUUUGAGGCGGUGUUAGACUGUGGACGUCGUCGCUUUUCGAUUAACUCCAUCUUUGUUCCAGCAGCUCGAGUCCCCCCCACCCAUUUCAAUAUUUUGGGGGGGGCACCCCUUAUUUAAGCCAAGCCGUGUCCGUGAGCGACUAUUUUUAAAAAAGGCACACACACAGUACAACAACCGCUUAAAGGCAUUAUAUAAGCAUGCGCCUUCCCCCAAUUUUUUUAAUUGGAAGGACUCUGUCUCCUCCCACCUUCUCACGGCUGAGUUUCCGAAUCGGAAACUGUCUGCGGGGCUAAGUAGGGCGGACUCAGCCAAGCCGGGUAGUGGGAGGAACCUGUGGGGCAAGCUUCUUCCUGUCUCGUUUCCUCCCUCUUUCCUUUUUCUCUCGGUGGCGGCAUGGCCGACUUUUUGGAUCUAGAGAGCGUGAAUGAAGUUGAAGCUCCGAUUUGUACCAGCAGCUUUCUGUUCGGAUGUGAGCUGAACAGCAGUGCCCGAUCCUACACUUUUAAAGUGUCUGAAGAGGAUGACUCUGAUCAUAUUCUGGCUUUGAAUACGGUUUGUCUGUCGGAGGGUGCCAAGGAUGAAUGCAACAUUGUGGAAAUUGUGGGGCGUGACUAUCAGAACCAGGAGAUUGCUGUACCAGUGGCCAAUCUGAAGUUGUCUUGCCAGCCAUGGUUGAAUUUGGAUGACUUUAUGCUGCGACCCCCAGUGACCUUCAGCCUGCGCUCAGGAUCUGGCCCUGUCCAUCUUGCAGGGCAACACCAGAUCCUUCACAGAAAGGAUCUCUCAGAUGAUGAGUUCAGUGAAGAGGAAGAGGAUUUUAGUGAGGAGGAUGAGUUUAGCGAAGAGGAAGAGCUCUCUCCGAUCAAGCCAGCCAAGAAGCAACGGAAGUCUUAGCCCUGAAGAUUUUAGUCUUCCCCGAAAUGCAGUGUUACGACGCUUCUGGAUUUCCUGGAAAGUUUGGUCAUAUUGUCUGUUUGGCUGACACAAGUCACUGAUGCUACUGACUGUAGCGGAAGCUACUGUUUGUGGAGUCCCAGAAGACUUUUAAAAUGCAAAUUUAAGGAGUGUGUUUCCCUUCCAACUUGGAAAGACUGGUAGCUGCUGUGCCUUCUGCUCAGAUUUUCUCUGUAUUUAUGUUUUAUUGUUUUAUUGUUAAAUGUGUAUACCGCAAUCAAUUUAAUGAUUGUUUCAUUAAAACAAUCCCAAGGCGGUUAGAUCCAACUGAUCUUCCAUAUUUAGAAGAGUGCCCAAAGAUAAGCUAAUGACGCUACUGAUGCUAUUGUUCAGUUUUUCUUUUUCACAUCCUUUUCUUCUUUCUCCUUGUGAGGCUGCCAAGAAGCAGGGAAUACAUCCCCAUUUUUAAGGACCCAUACCCUGGGAGAAAUAGGCAACACCACUGGACCUGCUUCAUGAAGCUUGUGUGUCUGGAGCUUCUCUGUGGGUGACUGGCAGCUAAAUCAGUUUGUGUGUCUGUGGACAAAUCCGUGUCUGCUUCCCAGUCACCAUCCAGAUGCAAGCAGAAUUCACUUUCUGAAAAAGUGUAGAUUUGUGUAUUCUGAUUAUUUUAACCAAAUUUUGAAUGCUUUAUUAUGUAGGGCUUAAGAGAGAAAAAAGUAUGACUGUUUAUAACUUAAGUUUAGAAUGAUGAAGAUGAAUGCAAUUUGUGUAUAUUUCUCAGGCAUCAUUUCCCCUUUAGUCCAGGAAUUCUCAAACCUUUGUCCUCAGGAUGCUGUUGGACUACAAUUACCAUCAUCCCCAGCCACAAUGAUAUUGGGGAUAAAAGGAUUCGUAAUCCAGCAGCAUCUGUGGACACAAGUUUGAGAACCAAUCCAUUAGUCCAUUGUUCUCUCUAACAGGGAUUCCCAGAUGUUGUUGACUACAGCUCCCAUAAUUCCCAAGCAAAGGCUAUUGCAGCUGGGGGUGAUGGGAGUUGUAGUCAACAACAUCUGGAAAUCCCUGUUAGAGGGAACACUGCAUUAGUCCCAUUCUUCAGCUGUGGAGAGCUGUGUUAAUUUGCCAAAGAUCUGAGUCACAGUCGUCCAUGCUGUGGUUCAGACUUGUCGGCCUCAGUCCCACACUCUUGUGUUGCCUCUCUCUUUUUAGCUGUUUUACUUUUUAAAAUAAACACAUUUGUAAUUUUUGGACUGUAA